UCUCGCCGCGGCUCGCCCCAGCAUCUCGGGUUGACUCGGUCAGACUAAAACCCCGAGAGGCGUGGGAGUACCUCGCCAGCCUCGACGACAACGAGGCCCAACCCUGUGGCUCCUACUGCCUACAACUCGAUGUUGCUGCUGUCGCUGCCUCUGUUUCCCUCCGGUUUCGUGCUCCUCAGCGGUGGGGCUCCUCGCUCCUCGCUGGCUCCGCCGCGCACCGGCGCGGCUCUCAGCAUGCGCGACGACCAGGCGACCCGGGACGACGCGCCGGGCCAGUCCUUCGACAACGACAUGAGCGGCUGGAAGCCGCCGGGAGGCGGCGGCGGCGGCGGCCACGGCCUGGGUGGCGACACCUCGAAGUUUACCACGACCGACUCGCCCGACUUUCUCCCCGAGGAAGGGAGCGAGGAGGCGAAGCUCGCGUCGGGCAUCAGCUACACCGACGGGAUGAUGGGCAGCCAAGCGGACCCGAACCGGAAAAAGUCGACGGGUCCCGAGCUGGCUGGCGCGCUCGACUCGGACCCGGACAUCUACGUGCCGGAGGUGGAGGAGGUGGUCGCCGACUCGAGCCUCUUUGUGCUGCCAGAGGCGUCUUGGAAGCUGUCCAAGAUGGAGGUCUCGCAGACGGACGAGGACCUCGAGUUCAGCUGCUCGGCGACAGAGGGAGGCGCGAUGAAGGUUGACGUCAAGCCCGUCUGCAUGACCUUCGAGGACUACUACUGUGGCUUCACCUCCGACUCGCACCCCGCCUUCUCCGUCUCGCCCGACGCCGGAAAGAUGGAGCGGCGGAACGGCCCGCCCACGACCGUGACCGUGACCUGCAACCCGAAGGGCGCUUCCGGCGCGCUGGUCGGCUACCUCUGCUUCAUCCUGCCCGAGGAGAGGGACUUUUCAACCUUUUACAAAGUCACGUGCAACUCGCGGUAGAGGCCGCUCCGCUCGACGGGCUCGUGCUUGGUCCCGGCCCCCGGAAGACAAUGCUCAUGCAUGCAUCGCCCUCGUAGGGGCUGCUAUCUCUGCUCUUCCGCUCCACGCGCAGAGAGCUCUGAGAGCCAGAGUACGUAGCUCUUUUUUGCCGUGUGAUAGACCAUUUUAUUUUAAGCAUUUAGAGCACUGACAC